ACUUGUCAUUCCUGAUUCUUGUCAAAUUCGUGAAUGCUAGAGUUUGUUGAUUGAUAUGUUUUUAUCGUUAGAAAUUAAUAAAUGUAUAUUAUGCACUUUCCUGAAGAAAAGCUAAAUGAUAUAUAAUACCAAGAUGUUUUACAUAAUUUUUAUAUUUUUAAUUGAUAUGAUCAAAUCUUCUCCAGAAGGUUAUUGUGGUUUUUAUCAUGGAGAUAUAUGUAAAAGUUACGUUUUCAAUACAAAACUAGUAUGGUAUAACAAUAGUGGUGGUCAGGAAAACGAGUUAAUCACGAAAGGAUUAUGGGAAGAACUAAUAGUUACUUUGGAAGAACCCUGUCGAUCUGCUGCCGAAAAACUUUUGUGUGUGUACUCUUUCCCGGAAUGUAAUGUAUCCAAACCACUUCCUCUUUGUUACGAAGACUGUGUGGCUGUAAAAAACUUAUUUUGUUAUAAGGAGUGGGCUUUGAUCGAAGAUAAAAAAAUGCAAGGCGUUUACAUUGAAUCCAGAGGCCACUUUCGCUUACCUGACUGCUCAAUUUUGCCUCGUUAUGUGAAAAAUUCAACAGUUUGUUCAUAUGCUGGUCUAACAGAAAUGAAAGCAGAUGAAAUUACCUACGACUGCGUGAAAGGCCGAGGUAGAUUUUAUCAAGGUAAAGUUAAUGUCACUAAAUCGGGUAUCCCUUGUCAACAUUGGAGAUCGCAAACUCCUCACACUCACGAUUCGCCCCCUGAAAUAUUUCCUGAACUCGACGGUGCCGAAAAUUAUUGCAGAAAUGCCGGAAGCGAAGAAAGGAGGCCUUGGUGUUUCACUAUGAACCCUGAAAUAAGGUGGCAGCAUUGCGAUAUUCCUCGCUGUCUGAAUUCCACAGUAGAUGAUACCGAUACUAAAAACAUAGCUAUGGAUCAGUUUUUAUCUCCUACAUUUUUGAUAAUAAUGUCUAGUGUCGGCCUCUUACUCAUUCUCGUCUGUUUAUUGUUGAUAUUGCUCUGUCAUCGUUUACAUAAAAGACAUCUUUUGGGAUAUAAUGCGCCAGAGACAGCAGAGAUUAAUAUAGAUUUGGAUAAACUUCCUAGUAAUGUGGCAUAUCACAGACAUGGUGCAACUUUGAACCCUAAAUUGGAGAAACUAGAAUUCAACAGGAAUGACAUAAUUUACAUUAAAGACCUGGGCCAAGGUGCUUUUGGAAGUGUUUUCCAGGCAAAGGCUCCAGGUUUAAUACCAGGAGAGGACUUCACUAUUGUGGCAGUGAAAAUGCUCAAGGACGACGCUUCCGACGAUAUGCAAGAUGAUUUUGAAAAGGAAGCAUGUCUUUUGUCAGAGUUUGACCAUCCUAAUAUAGUGAAAUUGUUGGGGGUUUGUGCCAUAGGUAGACCAAUGUGCUUACUCUUCGAGUUUAUGGGCAAGGGGGACUUGAAUGAAUUUUUACGACAGUGUUCUCCCAGCAACUAUGUAGUACGUAGUGUUAUAGAUGGUGAAUUUACAAACAAGGAAAUUUAUAAGGACAACCAACUGUCCCAUUUGGAUAAAAUUGAUAUUGCGCUACAAAUUGCUUCAGGUAUGGUGUAUCUGUCCGAUAGAAAAUUUGUUCACAGGGACUUGGCAACGAGAAACUGUCUGAUAAGUGAUAACAUGGUGGUCAAGAUAGCUGAUUUUGGACUAUCACAAAAAAUAUAUUUGCAGGAUUACUACAAGGGUAGUGAUAGAGAUGCAAUACCAGUCCGGUGGAUGCCUUUGGAGAGUAUUCUGUACAAUAAAUAUACCCCAGAGUCUGAUGUGUGGGCAUUUGGGGUGUGUCUUUGGGAAAUAUUUUCAUUUGCACUCCAACCAUACUAUGGAAUGACACAUGAAGAGGUGAUAAAAUAUUUGAAGGAAGGUAACUUGUUGUGUUGUCCUGACGGAUGCCCUUCACCAGUAUAUGAAGUUAUGAAGCAUUGCUGGGGCCAAAAACCAGUAAAUAGACCCAGUUUUCAUUCCAUUUUUCAGACUCUUACCGAUAUUAGAGUGAAUAUGCUUUCUUCCAUAGCUCAUUAGCUGUUAGGGGAUUUUUGUUUCACAUUCAUUUUAAUAUUUUGCACAGUGGGUCCAAAGAAAAUAAUUUUUCUGUCAAAAAUGACUCAAAGUUACUCAUGUGGUACAAACUAAUCUUAUUAUUACAUUUAGAAUUUAACCCAUACUCCAAUAAUAACUUGGAUUGAUUUUCUGAAUGUAAGAAAAGGUAUUUCAAUUUGAAAAUUUUCAUUUUGUGACAACUAUGCAUACAGUAUAACUUCAGUCUGGAUAACGAAACAAUUAUUCCCAAGUAUUCUAAAUACUUGGAAAUCCUUGUGAAAUAUGAAAUGGUUCACUGAGAGAAUGACCCAAAUGCAUUCACUUACCUUGUCUAGUUGUUUUCGAAUUGUUCCCAUUUGAUCAUCAAUUUGAGGUUAUUCAAUACUUGCAAUCUUCGCAAAUUAAAAGAGGAAUCCUUCACCGGUUUCACGCGAACAUCAUUAUCUUGUUUUGUACGUUUUGAAAAUAUUUUAGAUUGAAAAUAAUUUUGUCAACCAUUAAGUGUUCAAUACUUUUACAAGCACUUUUUUAUUGGUAUUAUUUUACUGAUAAAUAUUUUUUUGGAUAGUGCUAAAAAGUCCUGUAUUUUAGGAACUCAUUUUCGGUAUUGUUACUUUUCCAACAAACUAUAUCAUAAUUGUUCAUGAAACUAAAAACAAAUUCACAAGAAACUUGGUAAUUUUUCGAGUUUUUAUUACCAGAAGUGAGUAGAUUUUAUUUUUGAAUAUUCAUAUCUCCGAAAGUAGACGGGAACACCAAGUUCAGCAUAGAAAUAUACGUAAGUCUAAGAAAUGUUUGUCAUAAACUGAGGCGUUGAAACAAAUAUUUACCAUUUUACCUAUUAUUUUAAUAGUUGUAUCUAGUAAUUUUUACCCAUCGUCAGCAAAGCGAUUUUUUCAAAUUUGAUGUGUAUAA